AUGGCGACCAUCACUGAAACCCCCAAGACCCAAACAUACAAGGUCAAACCGACGCCUCCAAUCCCCGUUGUUGAUGGCCCUACAACGACCCCAGAGGAGGUAGUUGAGGCGCUCAAGGUGGCUGGAGGAUGCAUCGUUAGACGGGCUGUCCCGGUCGAGAUUGUCGAUCAGGUCGAAAAGGAUAUCCGACCAGCCUUGGACCAAGACACCCCGUGGGUUGGGUCUUUCUUCCCUGCCAACACGAAGCGCUGCUACGGCGUGUUGGGAAAAUCCGACGCAGCUUGCGAGGUCGUCCUGAACCCACUCUUCCAGGCCGUCGCCAGCAUGCUACUCACAGACGCCAACUGGUUCUGGGAGGGGACGGAAAAGCGCUGGGCAGUCAGCAAGCCCCAGUUAAUGAACACCACGGUCUUCAGCAUUGGACCUGGUGCUACGGCUCAGCCGCUCCAUCGCGAUGACGGUAUCCAUCACCGUAUUCCUAAAGCCAUUGACUCCUACCCGGCCGAUCUCAAACGCGACACCAGCCUCGGCUUCCUAGUCGCAGGCAAGAAAGCGACGAAAGAGAACGGGGCCACGAGAUUCAUCCCCGGAAGCCAUCUCUGGGCUCACGAGCAGCCGCCCGACGAGUCACUCUGCCAAUAUGCAGAACUCGAAAAGGGCGAUGCCUUUUUCAUGUUGUCGGGCGUCUUCCACGGCGGGAGCGCCAACCAUACCACGGACGAGGAACGCCUCAUUUUCGCAAACUUCAUGACCAGAGGCUGGCUGAGGCAGGAGGAGAACCAAUAUUUGACGUAUGAGAAGGAGGUCAUGCAGCGGUUGCCCGUGGAGAUCCAAAAACUGGUGGGAUACAGUCUGUCGGAACCAUUCUUGGGCUGGGUGAAUGCGGCGGAUCCACGAAUUGUCUUGGAUCCUAACGUUGAGCGCAACAUGGACAUCUUCUCCUCGUCGGAGAUCCCUGUUGACGUCUAG